AUGUACAGAACUACAAGGUCCCCAAUGAUGCAGCCUCUGGUCAACUCAGGAAUGGGCAUGGCCCCUUUCUUCAAGGUGACUGUGUUCGAGCAGGAGCAUUUCCAGGGAAAGUGCCUGGAGUUCACCUCCGAGUGCUGCAACAUCCAGGAGUGUGGUCUGGACAACAUCCGCUCCAUCAGGGUGGAGAGUGGAGCCUGGGUUGGUUUUGAGCACCACGACUUCCAGGGCCAGCAGUUCAUCCUGGAGAGAGGAGAGUACCCCCACUGGGACUCCUACAGUGGAUCCCUCUCCUACCACGUGGAGCGUCUCAUGUCUCUGCGCCCCAUCUACUGCGCUUCCCACCAGAGCAGCCGCAUGGUCAUCUUCGAGAAGGAGAACUUCAUGGGCCGCAGCGUGGAGGUCUGUGACGACUACCCCUCUCUGCAGGCUAUGGGCUGGAUGAUGCCUGAAGUGGGCUCCAUGCAUGUCCAGUGUGGCGCCUUUGUGUGCUACCAGUACCCUGGCUACAGGGGCCAGCAGUACAUCAUGGAGUGUGAGAGACACAGUGGAGACUACCAGCACUGGAGGAACUGGGGCUCCCACUGCCAGACCCCCCAGAUCCAGUCCAUCAGGCGUAUCCAGCACUAAGAGGACAGGCUCAGACUGAGGCCACGGCCAACGGACAGCAGCUCCCCUCGAAUCCCCCUCUCCCUUUUACCCGUAAUCCCCUUUCUUUCUUUCUCUCUUCAACUUUUUCCUUCCUCAUGACUUGAGCCACAACAGCCGCCCCAACUCAACACCACCACAUUACAGCCGCUGCCAAAGUGUGAUAAGAGACAAUAUCGCACUGUUAAAGCACAGGGAAACACACAGUCCAUACACACACAUGCCGACAUAACUGACACUCAGUGUCUUUUUACUUGGUUGGAGGUCGCUACACACUCACAUGCAAACACACAUCUGCAUUGUAUUCUCACCUGAGAGGAGUGAGGAGCAGAGCAGCCGUUCAGCGUGCUGGGGUCAAACUGAGGGGAGAUGAAGCUCCAAAAUGGCAUCAAGGGAAACCUCCCUGA